CAGAGUAACUCAGGCCAUCUUCCAAACAGCCAUGCUCUGUGAGUUACUCUCAAACAUCUGAGCAGCCUCAUUCCCUUCAGCACAUGGAACAGGUGGCCAAAGACACUACAGAAACUCAAGUAACUGAGACAUCACUGUAGGAAAAAUAAAGCGUGAUUCAGGAACUUCUAUCAUUUUCUUUUUGUUUUUCUGUUUAAACAAAAUAUAUUUUGUGAGUAAGCUCUAAGAGUUCUCACAGAGUAUUUUUCAGACUGUUUUGAUUGUUUCAAUUCUUUUUCACCUCUGAAAAUAGUUUCUGGAAAGAAUUUCCAGAGUAGCUGUCUAUGUAAAAUAAAAUACAUAAGAGAAGCAAUAUUUGUGCCUCAACAUUAUACUAAAGUGAACGGAAAUCAUUUAAAAAACUUUUGUACUCAUAAAUUCUGCAUUCUGAAAGAACUGCUAAAGUGAACAUAACCUACGGAAAAACUACAUGACAAUCCAAAAGAGGGUCAGAAUACAGUAAGCUCAGCUGAAGACUUUCUUGGGAUUAGUUUGCUUUUGGGAAAAAAAUCUUUUCUUUCUGUUAUUGCCUUUGAGCCAUUUCACCGUGCAAAAAUGACACUGCUGGCUUCUGAGCGCUCCAUGUUAAUCCGCAGCAAGUUUCGAUCAGUGCUCCAGUUAAGAAUGCAGAAUCGUCGAACUCAGGAGCAGCGUGCAGAGAAUGCGAUCAUGCCUGCUUUGGAAAAGGCACAACCGACAUUCUCAGAACCACCUAAUGGACUGGACCGGUGCAGGAUAGAAGAGCUAGGCAAGCACAAAGAUCACAACAGACCUAUGCAGACUGAUGUGGGGAAAGCACACCUUCCUGAAGAGUCCAAUGUGGAAGUGACAGAGCUGAAACAGAAGAAAGCCCGCCUCACUGAAGAUUUAAGUGACAGGAUUCUGCAUCAACCAGGUCCCUUAGAGCUUCUGGAGAAGAACAUUCUCCCCCUCGAUUCUAGCAUCAAAGAUGCUAUGAAAGGUCAAAUCCCAUUCCCUGAAACGUCAGAGAGCUUCCCAUUUGAUGAUGACCUCAGUAGCACUGCUUCUUCAUCACCUGAACAGCCAGGACAUGAGCAGUCACGGUGCUUUGCAACCUCACCAGGUAUAACGAACGAUGAAUCAUCAUCCACUUCAAGCACCAACUUCCAGUGUCAUUUUCAGCUACCACAGGGAAUGGAAAUAAACCAGUCCAUAGUAGCAUCUGUUUCGGAGGCUGAAUCCUUGACAAUCAAUGGACAAGCCACCAAUGGCAUUUCUACCACAAAAGCACCGAUACUUCCCAAGGCUCCUUUAAAGCCUUCUGAAGCAGCAAAGAGCCAAAGGCACAAGAAGCCAAAAGAUUCCAGGCCCAAAGUGAAGAAAUUAAAGUACCACCAGUAUGUUCCUCCCGAUCAAAAGGCUGAGAAGGUGCCUGCCACAAUGGAUACAGCUUAUUCCCAACUACUUCAGCAGCAGCAAAUAUUUCUACAACAGCAGAUAAUAAACCAGCAGCAAAAACAGGCCUUCUGUUUACAGGCUGUCUUUCCCAUAAAUACAAGUGAUCAUAUAAUCAGCUUCACUAGUGCUGCUCCCACCUGUGCUCCAGCGAUACCACUGUCAUCACCUACAACACCUUCAACCCCAUCCACCCCUUCACCUUCUAAACCUGAACUGCUGCCAGCCAACCUGGAUGAUUUAACAGUCUCUGAGUUACGACAACAACUUAGGAAACGUGGUUUGCCAGUGUCUGGUACAAAGCCUGCCCUGCUGGAACGCCUAAAGUCUGACCAAGUUGCUCGUACAAAGCAACCACCAGUUCCCAUCACCAGUAAUAAUCUCAUCAGCUCUGUUUUAGAAAUGCCUUCCAUGUCAAAUUAUGUGCAGAACUCUCAGAGUACUGGAUCCAGUGUAACUAGUACAUUCAGAACCAUUUCACCACCAAGCCUUUCACCUACUGCUAGUGAGCCUUCUAUACGAGCACCAGACCCAACUGGUGGGUUCCCAGAUGGCAUGGAAGUGUCACCAAUUCAGGUUCUAUCAGGCAUAACAAACAAUGGGUCAGUACAGGGCCUAACAAAUGGUUUAGAAAGUAAAGCAUCUCAAAACAGCAGCAAAAGCAGCAUCUUGUUAGAAAAGCAAAAGGUCAUUGAUAACCUGACAUGGAAACUUCAACAAGAACAGAAGCAGGCCGAGGACCUGAAGGUUGAACUAGAGAUGCAAAAGCGACUUAAAAACAGGCGAAAGAUGCAUCUUUCCCGUAACAGCUCAGAAAAUUUUAUAGCCAUACCUCCCUGCAUGACUGUGGGGACUGAACUUUCACCAGAAGCCUAUCUAAGUCCAGAAUCAUCUUCAGUUGGUAGUCACUUCCUUUUUAAUUUAAACAACCAUUCAUCACUCUGCAGUCAGGACUCACAAGAACCCCCAAGGGAUGCAACCUGUGGAGAAUUAAUGGAUCUUGCGAAUUCUUCAGCCACAGAGACAGGUCUUCCAACCUUCCUCGGGAGCGAUAGUGGAGCCAUUAGACAAGAUUCUAAUCUGGAGGUGUUCUGUCCCUCAGUUGGUGAAGAUUUUGAUCUUCCGAUGCAGAUUACAGCUAGUCCCACCAAUAACACCUCAGGUUCAAGUCGUUCUCUAGAGGAAGAACUACGGGAUGCGAUCAAAAGAGUACAGAUGGCACCAAGUCAAUCCAUUGAUGACAUUCUAGAAGAUCAUAUUGUCUGCACAGAUGGGACAGCACAAUCAGACAUCAUCUUCCUAGAACCUCAGACAGAAGACCAUCUUGUAAGCAGUACUGAUUUCACAUCUUCGUUUCCCAACAGCACCCAUUUAUCAAGUUUCAGCCAAGAACUCGCAUCUCUCAAGCCUCGAAAUGGUGACUCUCAGCCCAUGGUCCUAGAAUUUCCUGGAACAUCUCAGUAUGACCUUCUUGGUGGUUCCUUUUCUCCGGCAUGUAUUGAGAUGCCUCCCUCCCCUGAAAAUCAAGACAAGAGGGUUGAUCAGAAAAAAACAACUUUUGAUCCCGCUGAUUGGCUGGAAGCACUCACAUCUGGCUCAGCCUCAGGCUUUGGACCAGGCAGUCCUGUUAGCCAAAGUAUUUUCUCCACAGAUUUUUUUGACUCUCCAGACCUCAACAUCAACAGAAUGAUUGAGCUAAUAAUUGAACAGUGUUCUAACUUCCAUGAAUCACCAGAAAAAUGGUUUGAGGCAGUUGAGGAGGCUCGUGUUUUUGAUGACAAUGAGCCAGGCUGUUGCCCCGCCUGA